UGGCAGUUUGCCACGUGUCAAAAAAAUGGUCCAAUUGGAGCUCUUUUCGUCUGCGAAGAGGCUGACUUCUGCGCCGCACCUAGCGUUAAGUCUCUGCAAAUCACAGUUUCCCCAAUCUAAAACCCUAAAUUUCAAUCCAAAUCUCUAAACCCCAAAGUGAAAUCCUAACACAAAUUCAUAAAUCCUGCAACUUUAUCCCCAAAAUGCGAUUGUCCGGAUCGGGGUUCGGAUUAAUUUCUAUGGUUUUGGCGCGGAGGACGUGAAUCCGAUCAGAAAACGAGCACAGAAUUCCGAAUUCAAUGGAUAGAAUCGUUUUUCUGGCGGUGUUUUUCAUCGUCUUCGUCGUCGCCGAUGUUUCCGAUGCUGCUGCUGCGCUCUCCAAGCACAGAAUUUUGAUUGGUGAGCCUCAAAACGACAAUACGACAGUACCAGGCAAGGAGGGUUCUCCGGUGCCUAGUCCGCUGCUGCCUCCUACGGUGUCAAGUUCUGGUGGAAAUGGGUCGGAUACUAAGCCGGUUGAUGACCCGAGUAAGGAGAAAGUGGAGUCUUCGCAACCCGCGAAGACUCCGAAACCGAAAGUGGAUCAGGGCCCCAAGGUGGGUUUGAAUAAUGAUACUAAAAAGGGUGAAGGGAAGGAUGUGGAAACAGAAAAGAAGCAUCCAGAGCCUGCCAAGACAUCGAAUGAUGAUCCGAAGCCGGAUACCGACAAGGUCAAAUAUAAUCCAAAGGAGGACACUGACAAGGUGUUGAAAGAUAAUCCUAAGGAGAAGGAGAAGGAUAAUCCAAAGGAGAAGGAGAAGGAGAAGGAGAAGGAUAAUCCAAAGGAGAAGGAGAAGGAUAAUCCGAAGGAGAAGGAGAAGGAGAAGGAUAAUCCAAGGGAGAAGGAGAAGGAGAAGCAGGAGAGCUGCGCUGGGGUAACCAAAAUCAAAACAUGUGCGGUCAAGGAUGUGGCAGUUGCUUGCAUUAAGAACUUCAGUAGUGGGUCCAAAGAAGUGGCCAUUCUGGUUCAAAACGUAGGAAACAGCACUUUGAACGCAACCCUUUCUGCAAAUGGUGCCAGCAAGGUCCUAGAGAUUCUGAAACACCUAAAUAGAAAGGUCAAUAUAUCAAUUGAUCCGGGUAAAAGCACCAAUAUAACAUUAAAUACUGGAACCGGAGAAUGUAAGCUUCAUAUAGAUCCUCCCCCUCCGGCGUUUCCUUCUCUCAAGACCAUAGCGACCCCAAUCAAUGGUGCCUACUUCUUGAUUGUUGCAGUGCUAACUUUUGGAGGAACGUGGGCUUGCUGCUUGAUCAGGAAGGGGAAAGAGCGUACUGGAGGUGGAGUUCCAUAUCAGGAACUUGAAAUGGGAUUGCCGGAAUCUGUUCCAGCAACCGCCGUGGAAACGGCUGAAGGUUGGGAUGAAGGUUGGGAUGAUGACUGGGAUGGAGAAAAUGCGGUGAAAACACCUGGGGAUCGUCUGGGAAGCAUCUCUGUGAAUGGCCUUACAUCGAGGGCUGCAAACAAAGAUGGGUGGAAUGAUUAGUUAGUUUAGAACAGCCAAAAGGGUGUCCAGAGUAGAGUUUGCCCAAAAGAAAGAAGAAAAUGGAAGAAGAAGGUAAGACCGAUGAGCACAGAACAAAUUAGGAUCGAGAUACAGAAUGUAAAACGUUUAUUGACAAACUGCGUCGUUGAAACAAGCGGUUUUCGUGUAAUAGUGAGUUCCCAGAAAUUAGGUCUGUAUAAGUGAUUCAUUUUUACUGUAACUGCAACCUUGAAAUGUUUACGUGACUCGUUCUAUAAGCAAAUACAGCUAUACCAGUUCAAGAAA